GACUGUAAUAAUAAUAAUACAUUACACCACAAUAAUUCACAUAAAUUCACAUGUUGGGAGAUCAGCAGUGACACCAGGUACAAGGUCCCGUAUUUAUAUCUCCAUCUGGUUCAUCUGGUGUCUUCGCGGCUGAGCCGGUCCAGAGGAGAACGGAGAGUUGGCGCACGGGACAACGGCACACACCAUCUGAUGGGAUUAGCCACCUGGAGGACUUUAAAAAGGGACAGUCGGACAGAGAGAGAAAACCAGUGAGAACCAAGCCGAGAUCAUCAGACAGCAUCAGAAAAACACUUUGGGACUCCAACAGAAGUAGAAAACUAAAAUGUCAGACGAAGCUGCUGGAAACCUUGCGGAGAAGAAGGCUGCUCCCAAGUUCAAGCAGAGGGCCAUGCGCACCUUCAAGAGCAAGGCGCCUAAACCCGGCCAGAAGGGGUUCGGAGACGACAUCCCCGGCAUGGAGGGCCUGGGCACGGACAUCACCGUGGUCUGUCCCUGGGAGGCCUUCGGGGACAUGGAGCUCAGCGACCUGGCCAAAUACGGAAUUGUUUAGCGCUCCGCCCUCUGCCUUUUACCAGUAUUGCCACGACUGUCCCAUCAAGUAACUUUUGACUGCCGCUGAAAAGCUUAAACUAGUGCUCUAAAGAGGACGCAGAUAUUGCGUAUUUAAUGUUGGGGGAAAAAAGAGAUCCAGCCUCUCUACUCUCAUGCACUUUAUCUUCCCCUGCCUUUCCACCAAUACUACAUUGUCCUCAAAACCAGUCAGCAGUUCCAGCCCCAAAGGCUGAACAGCAAAAGAACAAAUUAAAUGAGUGGAUUUGUUGAACUAUACAAGUGGGUUUUAUAUCUUUGUGA